GCAUUGCAUGAUCCCAGGCUACUAUAUUUAGAAAAAACGACAGUACCUGCAGCUACCCUUUCUACUGCUUUUGUACAUUUUAAAGAGUUACAUAGCAAAAAUAUGACUUUGCUAGGUUUUCAAAUCAUUGUUGAAGUAUACACUUAAAUUUUUUUUUUUACAAAAGUGGGCGACUUAUAUCCUCCAUUAUAAAAGCCUUGACCUCUUGUGAACUCUAAUGGAGUGAUACAUACUGUAUGCCUACUGCAUGCACUACAAGUUAUCUUUAUUAACGGAAUGGUCCAGGUUCAAUACAAGUUAAUCUCAGUCAAAAGCAUUUGUGGCAUAAUGUUGAUUACAAUAAAAAUUAAUUACAACUCCUUUUUACUUUUCUUUAAAACAAGCAAAAAUGGAGGUUCCAGUGAGACACUUGCAAUGGAAGUGAAUGGGGGCCAAUUUCUUCAUGUUAAAAUACUCACUGUUUCAAAAGUAUAACCACAAGACAUGAAUGAUAUGUGUGUAAACAUGUUUUUAGUGUGAUAAAAUCACCUACAAACCUAUUCUGUGUAAAGUUAUAGCCAAUUUUACAGCUUUGUUACCAUGACGAUGCAAUGUCAACAAACUUUUAAAAUGUACAGCUCAAAAAAUACACACGGUUUAACAAGAAUUAAUGCAUUAUGCCACAAAUGCUGUCGAUUUAGCAUAACUUGUAUUGAACCCGGUAAUUCCUUUAAGUAAAAUUACUGCUAUUUAAAAGAAAUGGUAUGGAGACAUUGCAUGUUAUGUUGGCCCCCACCCACAUGUCUUUUGCAGGUGGCCAGUAUCAGUACAUACUGGUUGACAAAAAAGGUGAAAAGAGGAAUGUUGGUUUCAUCCAGUUGAACAGACCGAAGGCCCUGAACGCUCUUUGUGAUGGACUUAUGAUGGAAGUGGGCAAAGCCCUUGAUGCAUUUGAAUCUGACACUGAAGUGGGAGCAGUUGUCAUCACAGGGAGUGAAAAAGCGUUUGCAGCUGGAGCUGAUAUUAAAGAGAUGCAGAACAGAACCUUUCAAGAGUGCUAUGGUGGAAACUUCUUGGCACAUUGGAACAGAGUGUCAACAGUUAAAAAGCCUGUUAUUGCUGCAGUCAAUGGGUUUGCGCUUGGUGGAGGAUGUGAAUUUGCCAUGAUGUGUGAUAUAAUCUACGCUGGAGAGAAGGCACAGUUUGGACAGCCAGAGAUCUUGCUGGGGACAAUCCCUGGUGCUGGUGGCACUCAGAGGCUUACACGAGCUGUUGGGAAAUCCCUCGCAAUGGAGAUGGUUCUGACAGGAGACCGAAUCUCAGCUCUGGAGGCAAAACAGUCUGGCCUGGUAAGUAAAGUAUACCCUGUGGAUCAGCUGGUUUCAGAAGCUAUCAAAUGUGGAGAGAAAAUAGCCAGCAAUUCUAAGCUUGUUUCAGCUAUGGCUAAGGAAGCUGUUAAUGCAGCAUUUGAACUGACUUUAGCUGAGGGCAGUCGACUUGAGAAAAGGUUGUUCCAUGCGACCUUUGCCACGGAGGACAGAAAAGAAGGCAUGACUGCCUUUGUUGAGAAAAGGAAGGCUGCUUUUCAGGACAACUAGAUUUCCAGUGAAAAAAUAGGGUGAUGUUUAAACGCGGUGAUAUUAAUUUGUGAUCAAAUGCUGAUAUUAAAAUAGUCUACUUUGGUUUAACUUGUUUUUAUUUCAAGUAGUUUAUCUUUUCUUGUGCAUUAUUCUUAUUGACAUCUUAUCUAAUCAAUGGAAAGAGAUUAUCAAUAUACAUUGUUGUAAUGUGAAUCAUUUUUGAAUUAUUUGAAUAUCUUCCUCUGUGAUUACCACUGCGUGGUGACCAAGGUUAUUAUCGUAAAUUAAAACUAUAUAUAUAUAUAUAUAUAUAUAUAUAAACAUUUUCUUAAACUGAAAUAAAAAUAAAAUUAAACUAAAAUAAA